AUGUUGACAACUGAGGUGUACUUUCUAUUUCUUCUUAUUACACAAGGAAGUUCUCAAGAUUAUCGAUCGAUACGAUUGAAAAUCGAAAUCAAUACUAAAUAUGAAUGUAAUCAUCUGUCUUGCGCAUCAUCGAUGAUCAUUUUGACAUCAACAUUGAGACAAUGUCAAAUAUCUUGUUUAACUUACUCACACUGCACUGUUGUUACUUUCAAUUCAUUAAAUAAUCAAUGUGAACUUUUUCCGAAGAACUCAUUAGAAGAUGGAAACUAUACAGUACAAAUAAAUACUAUAACGAUGAUUUCUAUGGAUAAUUUACAAGAAUCAACUUUAACAACAGAAUCAUUCACUACAUCAACGACAACAGUGACUACCACUCAGAUGAAUCCGUGCGAACUGGGAAAUUUGCGUUGGAACACAACUGGCAUUACUAUAUUUAGUUUAUCACCAUCACUCAUAGCGUCAGGCGUAUUUGUUGAUUUGAAUGGUGCGGUUUACUUUGCUGACGAAGGUAUUGAUUCGGUUGUAUGGAAACUCGACAAAAAUUCUACUAAUGCCACAGUCGUCGCUGGAACUUUAGGAUCUCGAGGAACAAAUAGUUCGCAACUGAAUUUUCCAAAUGAUGUUUAUGUUGAUAGACUUGGAAAUAUAUACGUUAGUGAUUGUGCCAAUUAUCGUAUCCAGAAGUUCAGUAAUAAAUCCAAUAUUGGAGUAACGAUCGCCGGUAUCAGUGAAUUAAAUGGGUCUGAAUUAAAUCGACUUAACUGUCCACGAUAUCUCACUUUUGAUGCGACAGAGACUUAUAUGUUCAUUGCCGAUGAUGCGCAACAUCGAAUCAUGCGCUAUUUGACAAACGCAACUACCGGCGAUAAUGGAGUUCUCGUGGCAGGUGGUAAUGGCGUUGCUAAUCAAAACACAUCAUUAAACAUCCCAUGGGGUAUUCACUAUAUGCCAUCUGUAAGUAAUGAUUUGUUUAUAACAAACUACGGUGGACACUCAGUGAUGCGUUGGACUCCUGGUGCUAGUUCAGGUAUAUUUGUCGCCGGUGUUCCUGGUGUAUCAGGCUCCAAUUCAACUCUUCUCAACAAUCCGAUGGGUAUUAAAUUUGACGCUUAUUUAAAUUUGUAUGUUGUUGACAACUAUAAUCAUCGAGUUCAAAUGUUUUGCGCAAACAAUCGUGUUGGUAUUACCAUUGCUGGAAACGGUACCAUGGGUGAUACUUCCAUACAAUUAAACGACCCGAGAGGUAUUGCUUUCGACUCGAAUAUGAAUAUGUACAUUGGAGAUUAUGGUAAUCAUCGUGUUCAAAAAUUUAUGAAACUGUAG